AUGGAGCCGUGGAACGGCACCGUGCUGCCCACCCCGACCCUGCCGCCCUACGAUGCCCUAUGGUGGGACACCCAUCUCCUGGUGGCCUGCGCCGUGCUGGGGCUCCCGGCCAACGCCGUCACCCUGUGGCUGACGGGCUGGCGGCUGCGGUGCCGCGGUUUGGCCGCCUUCAUCUUCGGCUUGGCCGCCUCCGACUUCCUCUUCCUCAGCAACUCCUUGCUGCAGAUCUGGUCGGCGGCCAACGACUACCGGUGGCUGCUGGACGCGCACUGCUGCCGCCUCCAUCAGUUCCUCUACGCGCUGGGCUACUACAGCAGCCUCUUCCUGCUGGCUGCCAUCAGCCUGGACCGCUGCUUGCUGGUGGCCGUCCCGUUCUGGUACCGCUGCCGCCGGCCGGCCCGCUUACCGGCGGCGCUGUGCGCCGGUGCCUGGCUGCUGGCCGGCGGCUGCAGCAUCCCGGAGGCUGCGCUGUCGGUAACGGAGGAGGCGCUGCCGGGCUUCUCCGUGUGCCGCAGCGAGCGGGGAGCCUGGGAGGUGCCGCUGCGCUGGCUCGAGGUGCUGCUGGAGGGGCUCCUGCCCUUCGCCGUCGUGGUGCUGAGCCACGGCGCGGCGCUGGUGCUGGUGCGGUGCCGGCGCAGGCCCCGCGGCCGCCCCGCCACGCGGUUCCAGUGCAUCGUGGGGGCCACGCUGAGCGCCUACGUGGGGCUGCACCUCCCGUUCCAAGCCGCGCAGCUCGCCGUGCUGCUGGGCCCCCCGGCCCCCGAGCACCUCCUCUACCCGCUGGGGCUCGCCUUCAACCUCAGCAGCUGCCUCAACCCCUGCCUCUACCUCCUGCUCGGCACCCGCGCCUGCCACUGCGCUGCCCGCGCCCUGCGCGCCCUCGGGGCGGCCGUGGUACCCGGGGAGUCAUCCGCUGCCACCGCGGGGGCAUCCACCGCAGGCAUC